UGGAAGACCACUCAGACGUUGGUCUAUCACAGUUCGUACAGUUGUAAUGGCACUAGCUCAGCCUGCCGCCACGCUAACACCACUUACCAGGUGUGCACAGAGGCCGGCUCCAUAGUCUGCCACACCCCAGGCAGGCAGACCAGGUGGCAGCUCCAGUUAUAUGGGCCAGAUUCGGGAAUGGGAGCUACUGCCUAUAACAAACUCUUGAGGUACACUACCGUGCCUUCCUAUACCCAGGACAAGCCACUGACCCUUUGCUUCGACACCUGUCAUGCCACAGACCAGGACCCGGCUGGGACAUAUUGUGGAGGGGUAGAAUGGGAAAGAACCUACCGCACAGCCAGGUUCUAUGUAGGUUUCCACAGGGCUACUCUGAACAGGGCUCCUGCUCGGUCUGGGAAGUGGGACACGAACCGCCAGAGGUGGGUGAACGCCUUGGGAGGAAAGGUUACCCACGGCCAGACAAAACCAGACUGUAAACACCAUCGCUGCACCCCCCUCUGCCUCAGAAUCACUCCUAACCAGGCCAAGAGUUCCUGGGUGCGAGUAGGAGAAGGAAAUUAUGAGGCUGAAGUUAGCAUGGGAGUCCAUGUCCCAGGGGCCAGAGAUCCAACCGGUAGAAUCCGGUUCCUGAUGAAAGGGAACUGGGAGAAACCCACUGAACACCUUGUCCACACUACGUUCUGGAAGGAGAUGGGCACAACCGUGGAAGUGCCAGCUGUUACCAAGAACCUGUUUGUGGACUUAGCAGAGCGAGUAGCCCUAAGCUUGAGUGUGACAAACUGCUACGUUUGUGCAGGCACCAAGAUGGGCGAGCAGUGGCCCUGGGAGGCACGGGAGGUGGAUUAUGUCAACAUAAGUAGGAGCCCGAAUUUAACAUGGACAGAUCAACAGCGCCCCACCCAGUGGGCCCUCCAGAACUCCAUCAUAGGGUCCAGAUGUUUUAUUCGCCCGGCUGGGCAGAAAUAUAACAUCUCCACAGGGACCCUGGCCUGUGAGGCAGGGAUGGUUUGUAAUACCACAAGGAAGUGGAUGGACUUCAAUCAUGCAGGCGCCAAGAUCCUUAUAAUCAGUCUACCCAGAAGAGUCUAUAUGAUCUCUGGGAGGACCCCUGCGGGAUCUCCAGCUCUUGGGAGGCUCCAGACCACCUGUACUGGAUUUGUGGGACAGCCGCCUAUGUCAGUUUGCCUCCAACUUGGGCAGGAACCUGCGUGCUGGGCACAAUUAAACCCAGCUUUUUCCUCUUACCCAUAAGGGCAGGCGAACGACUGGGAGUCCCAGUCUAUGAGAGCAGAGGGUGAACCAAGCGGGGUAUUGGUUCACCUCUGAGAAUAGGAAACUGGAAGGACAAUGAAUGGCCCCCAGAGCGGAUAAUACAGUAUUAUGGGCCCGCCACUUGGGCUCAAGAUGGAACUUAUGGGUACAGAACCCCCAUAUACAUGCUCAACCGUAUAAUAAGGUUACAAGCCGUGCUUGAAAUCGUUCCUAAUGAGACCUCUUUGGCUCUCAGCCUCCUAGCCAAAACUAACACUCAGCUCCGCACAGCAGUGUACCAAAAUCGGCUAGCACUUGACUAUCUGCUAGCAAUGGAGGGUGGUGUGUGUGGAAAAUUCAACCUGUCUAAUUGUUGUAUCCAGAUCAAUGACCAAGGGAAGGCCAUAGAGGAAAUCACUGAUCGGAUGCGCAAAAUAGCUCAUGUUCCAGUCCAGAACUGGGAAGGCCUAGCCACCCCCGAUUGGUUUGAAAAUUGGUUUGAGUACUUUGGAGGUUUGAAAACCAUGGUGGGAGGAGUUCUGAUAUUGCUUUUUGGUUGUUUAUUGAUACCUUGUUUAUUACCCCUGUUUAUCUCUUUGGGACGAGAGGCCGUUGAGAGAAUAGUAAGAAAAGAAACUGCCCCCCAUAUAAUGGCUAUGUAUACAAGGUUACCUCAAGAAGAGAAGCCAUAAAAAUGGCUUCUAAGGGGGGAAAUGUGGAAUGAGGGGAAAAUGCCUUUUCUGAAAGCUGCUUUGUAAUCACUUUGUUCUCAUGGAAUGGGAAAGUGUCUUUGCACUGGUCAAGAAAUGGUUAAUAGAGUCUGCAAGUUGCGAGCUGUAAAGCCAUAAAUUUGCUGACAAGCUAGAGGGGGAAGAGCCCCCUUCUCCUUGUAUCUUUUGAAAAAGCAAAGGCCUGUAAAACACUUCAAGGCCAUCUGAGGAAGACAGUUUCGCUUAUCAAUAUGCAGUAGAAAUGUUUCUUUGUACUAGGGAAUGCUUGUCUAACUAGCAAUGAUUAUAAAAUUUGUAAUAUGACGGACAAUGAUGUUAACCAAUGAACUAAUUGGUUCUUUGGGGCUGAAUGUUGAUGCCCAGCUAUGUAGUUAUGCCAAAGUAUAAAAACUUGUGACCCAGGCAGCUGCGUGCGAUUCUCUAGUAGGCCGCGAGGCACGGAGAAUUGGCCACCAGCGCUGGUAAACUAAAUAAAUGUCUUCACUGGAUUGCUAAUUGGACUGGCUUAUUGACAAAGUCUUUGAUGAUUUUAUGUUAUGGCUUCCUCCUGUUCCUUCAUUUUAUUGUUUUUAUUUAGUUUAAUAGCAUUACCAACUGGCCUGGUUCAUUGAUGAUAAAAAGUUCCCACUCCCUCCUACUCCAUUAUAGACUAUUAGUAUACUAGUUUUCCUUUGUUUAGUAGGAAAUAAGAUUUUUAUAUUUACUAAUUUGAGCAUUUUUGUUAUUUUUCUGGUAUUUUCUAUUUCCAUCUUAGUUUGCCUUGAUGCAAUCAUCCAAUACUUUUUGAGAGAUAAUAUGUUAGGUACCUGAAUGAUAUAAAAACCAAUGAGAUUCAGGUUUAAUUUGAAGUUCAUAACUGAUAGAGUUGCCAUUUUUUCAUCAUCAUACCCACUCUUGGAUUUUGUUUAAAAAGGACAUUUGGUCGGAUUACACAACUUUGAUGAUAAGAUUGUACUUUAUUUGUGGACUAUAAGUUUGUUAAACAAGGAUGUAAAACUGUCUUUAUUCAUGGAUAUUGUAAUUUUGGAGAUGCAUCUUUCCUUUGAUCCUAUAUUAAUUUCUUUUCGUUCUUUUAUCUUUGUAUGUUUGAAUCUUUGUAUU